AUGGCUUGGUCAUUCUAUGAUUAUGGUCCCACCUUAGUAGGUGCGGUUAUCGCCCUCAUAUCUACGCUAUGGAAGUUCAAAUGCUAUUUCUUCACAACCUUUAUUAUCGGGGCAGUCAGUAAGUUCUAUGUGAUGAUAGUGGGCUACAUCUUCCGUGCCGUAUCCUCUCAAGACACAACCGCUCUGGGGCCCUACAUUGUCCAGAAUAUCUGUCUUCUCCUGCCACCUUCUCUCUACGCCGCCACCAUCUAUAUGAUAUACGGACGGAUUGUACUCUACACCCAAUCACCCGAGUUGUUCAUCAUAUCGCCCGCAAAAGUGACCAAGAUAUUAGUCCUCAGGGAUAAUAUAACGAUCAUUGGCUUGUUCGUCCAAUUGAUCUUCUUCGGUGUAUUCUCCACUGUAUCAAUUAUUUCUUAUCAGCGGGUUGAGAAAUCCAAGGGAGUCCGUACACUUCACAUGCCGUACGGGGUUCUCCUGUACGUGCUCUUCAUGGUGUCAGCGCUGAUCAUCAUUCGGUGUCUGUAUCGCAUCGUUGAGUUCUGCCAGGACAACAAUGGUUAUUUGAUGAGUCAUGGGAUGUUUCUAAAUGUGUUUUAUACAAUUCCAAUGUCUGUUGUGCAGGCUAUCUUUCAUUACUACCAUCCCGAAGACGUUUUUCCGCUCAAGGGAUCCUUUGCUGAAAGCGAAAGUGAGUUGAGUUGA